UCUUCCCCAUCUCCCAGCGGGCGGAGCCGGGGCGGGGAGACGGGCCUCCGAGCCAGGGACCAGUUGGGGGACUCAGCCCAGCGCCGCGAUGGGGAAUGUGCCAUCCGCUGUCAAGCAUUGCCUUAGCUACCAACAACUCCUCCGAGAGCAUCUCUGGAUUGGGGACCCCGGGGCUGGGGUCCUCCCCGCCCCUGUGCAGGCAACUCAAUUACCUGGCCUUCCUGAAUAUGUUAAAAUAGUAGAAGUUGGGCCCAGAGAUGGCUUGCAGAAUGAAAAGACCAUCGUGCCCACCAACAUAAAAAUUGAGCUCAUCAAUCAACUUUCCCAAACGGGCUUGUCAGUAAUAGAAGUGACUAGCUUUGUUUCUGCAAAAUGGGUACCUCAGAUGGCAGAUCACACAGAAGUCAUGAAAGGGAUCGACCAGCGUCCUGGUGUGCACUAUCCUGUCCUCACUCCUAAUCUACAGGGUUUUCACAGAGCCGUCGCAGCAGGAGCCAGUGAGGUAUCUGUGUUUGGGGCAGCCUCUGAAUCCUUCAGCAGAAAGAAUAUUAACUGCUCCAUUGGCGAAAGCAUGGACAAGUUUGAAGCAGUCAUUAAAUCGGCAAGACACAUGAAUAUACCAGUGCGAGGGUAUGUGUCUUGUGCACUGGGCUGUCCAUACGAAGGAAACAUUGCACCUGAUAAAGUGGCAGAAGUAUCUAAGAAACUCUAUGGCAUGGGCUGCUAUGAGAUAUCUUUGGGGGAUACAAUUGGAGUGGGGACUCCUGGAAACAUGAAAAAAAUGUUGGAAAGUGUUAUGAAAGAAAUCCCACUAAGUGCUCUUGCUGUACAUUGUCAUGACACUUAUGGACAGGCCUUAGCAAAUAUUCUCACUGCCUUGCAGAUGGGAAUUAGUGUUGUUGAUUCUUCUGUGUCUGGAUUGGGUGGCUGCCCCUAUGCAAAAGGUGCUACAGGAAACGUUGCCACAGAAGAUGUGAUAUACAUGCUUAAUGGUCUGGGAAUCAAUACAGGUGUGAACCUUUAUAAAGUGAUGGAAGCUGGAAACUUCAUUUGCAUGGCUGUCAAUAAGACCACCAACUCUAAAGUAGCACAGGCCUCUUUCAAUGUUGGAAUCGAAUGAAUUUGCUUGGAAGUUUCUGAAGAUCAGUUCCCUGAACUCUCGCCCAUAUGAGAAUCAUUACAGUGGAAGAGAGCUUUCUUUAAAAUGUUUGUUAUGUUGAAGUAUUAUGUAGAAUCACUGUAAUUUUGGAAAUGAAUUAUUCCUGCACAGUAAAUAGCAGAAGACUGACACCAAUUAUAAAAUGAUUUUCAGUGUAUUAUUUUGACUUUAAAUUUUAAAAAGCAUGUAACAUUUGAUGUGAUAAACUAUUCCAAAAAUAGUUUUUUGAAAGUAACUGCAUAUUUCCCCAUAUUUUAAAUACCUUUUUAAUUCUUAAUCAACCUGGAUUAACACCAGACACAUGUUUUCAGUAGUUUAUAAGAUCCCACAUGGUGUGUGGCCUUGAUACUCUGCACUAUGCCUUUGAAUCCUACUUUUCAUUUGCCAAGUCAGUUAAGUUAUGGACAAAGAGCCAGGUUUGAAUGUGACCCUAAGUCAUUUUUAGCAAUAGCACUUUUGUGUUCAGCUAUGGUUAACAUCUGUUAACUAUUUGAAUGACUUUAUCUAGUUCCAAGAGGUUGUGGUCAAUGGCAACUUGCCAAAUCCUGGAAACAUAUUACGACCUCCCAUAUUUGUUUCAUACAUCAAAAUCACUUUACUUUCCUUUUUCUUCAGUUAGGAGUUAUGGCACACAACAAUUAAGACCAGAAAAAAAAGUUUCAACACAGGAUCCAGUAGCUACAAUAAGAAUGGUCAGAUUAAUGCAAUUUACAAAUUUGAUCCUUUGUGUCCAUAUUACUUAUGUGGCCCUUGAAUAUUGGAAAUAUGAAGCAUAUAGUUGGUUUAUGAAUUAAUAAGAAUUCAAUCCUCAAUUUCUUAUGAAUUAUUUUUGGCUAAUUGUAGUUUUUUUCCAUACUAUACAAGACCCUUGGUUUGGAAAGUUGAAUUAGCUGAAAUCUGUCUGUAAAGCAGUCUUUCCCUAAAAUAAUGUCAGAACACUAUUAUUCAAUAAAUCAGAAAUGGACACUAGGAAACUAUUCUGUAAAAUAACUUAAAUAAUUUCUACAGCCUAUGCAAAUCAAAUAUGGAAAGCUGUGUCAAAUUUAAUUUUGAGAUGGCAAUAUUAUUAUGUAUGUAGAUUUCUUCAAUAAAGUCUGGUGUUCUUAUUUUGGAAUAAUUUUGGA